GAUUGGAAAGGGGGCGAUGAGAUGGGCUAUUGUGAGUGAUGAUGAAUAAUAGCGUAUGAACCGCUGUCUAGUAUUCGAAGAUGCGUCUGCUUAACCUUUUCCGUUCCUGACGUCUGACCUUCUAAGGAAGAAGUAAGCAGUUAUCUCGACCUCGAUUUCCUUUUUUACGGAAUAGCCUGUAAUGAAUCGCAGCAAUUGGUUACCCACUCGAAACGGCAAUGACAAACGUAACAGGUCGUACAAAUGCAGCGUUAUAGGUGUUCUCUUUACUUAUGAAUUUACAUCCACCCAGGCAUAUUCCAAUCUUGAGGAUGGCAACGAAGUGUUUGGUGUUCGGCACACAAUGUGUUGCCAAGAGUGACCACAGCCAGCCCAAAACUGGUGAACUGGCCUAUCGCAAAGGAGACAUCCUCACUAUUAUGAGAACAGGAACGGGGAAAGAACAUUACAAGGCCAGACACAACACCACAGGAGAGGAAGGACUCAUCUCUGCCACCAACAUGCGAGAGCGAGAGGCCAUUCGUGUCGACCCCAGUCUCAGUCUCAUGCCCUGGUUCCAUGGGAAGAUCUCAGGUCCCGAGGCGGUGUCCAAGCUGCGGCCUGUAGAGGAUGGCCUGUUCCUGGUGCGGGAGUCCAUCCGCCACCCUGGUGACUAUGUGCUCUGUGUCGGCUACUCCAGCCAGGUCAUCCACUACCGAGUCAUGUACCAGCACAGCAAACUGACCAUCGACAACACCCAGUACUUCUACAACCUCAUAGACAUGAUAGAGUUCCACUCCAAGCACAAGGGAGCUAUCGCCACCAAACUUCUGAAGCCCAAAGAUAAGGAAGGCACCAAGUCAGCUGAGUUGGAGCUGUCUAAAACGGGAUGGCUGCUGGACAUCAGGAAGCUGACCUUGGGAGAGAGUAUCGGAGAGGGGGAGUUUGGAGCGGUAUUUGAAGGAGACUACAUUGGCCAGAAGGUGGCAGUAAAGAACAUUAAAUGUGAUGUGACGGCACAGGCAUUCUUAGAGGAGACCACUGUUAUGACGAAACUGCAGCAUAAGAACCUGGUGCGGUUGUUGGGGGUGAUCGUAGACAAUGGACUGCACAUCGUCACAGAGCUCAUGGCCAAGGGUAAUCUGGUGAACUUCCUCCGGACGAGGGGCCGUUUUGUCAUUAGCACUGGCCAGCUACUACGUUUUGCACUAGAUGUGUGCGAGGGCAUGGAGUACCUGGAGUCUAAGAGGUUGGUUCACAGAGACCUAGCGGCCCGUAACAUCCUGGUCUCCAACGAAGGCGUGGCCAAAGUCAGUGACUUUGGGUUGACCAAGGUGGACUGCAAGGCCUCGGACAACGCUAAACUACCAGUCAAAUGGACAGCCCCUGAGGCCCUGAAGAAAGAGAAAUUCUCCACGCGGUCAGAUGUAUGGAGCUAUGGUGUUCUCCUCUGGGAGACGUUCUCCUACGGUCGACAGCCCUACCCCAAGAUGGUAUGUAAAGCAGAGAAUCAAAGCAAAGGCACUAACCAGUCUGUGAAGGAGGUGAAGGAGCGGGUGGAGCAGGGUUACCGUAUGGAGGCUCCAGAGGAGUGCCCCCCCACUGUCUACGCCCUGAUGAGGGGCUGCUGGGAGGCUGAGCCCAAGAAAAGGCCCUCCUUUCAUAAACUACAGGAGAAGAUAGAGAGAGAGCUGACCAAACACAGCCCUGGCCCUGCCUGCUGAGGUCACCUCAAUAAUCCUAUUCAAAUAACUAUUGUUCUUUGUUUAGAGCUGCCUGGAGAUGGACAGUAACCCGGGACAGGUGGCCCGAAGUGAGCCUGAACCCACAGAAGGCUGGUCAGGGCUGGAUCUAAUGGUAGUGGCUCAUAAAGAGGCUGAACAUUGGCUGAUUUUGCUAAGGGGACAUGCAGUAUACAUCUUUCUUAGAUCAUCAAUGAGCCUUUAUGCACACUCACUAUGACUCCAUACUAUAAACAGCAGUGAAAUGUAGACAUGGCUUUCUCUGUGGCAGAAUCACUGUCUGAAGAAAUCAUCUUUGCAACAAAUAAACUCCAGCCAUCAGAACUAACUGUACAAAAACAAAACUUUGUAGUGCCUUCAGAAAGUGUUCAUACCUUAACUUAUUCUACAUUUUGUUGUUAAGCCUGAAUUCAAAAUGGAUAACAUUAUUUUUUUUUUACUUUCACCCAUCUACACACUACCCCAUAAUGACAAAGUGAAAACAUGUUUUUAGACAUUUUCGCAAAUGUAUUGAAAGUUAAGUACAGAAAUACAGUGAGCUCCAAAAGUAUUGGGACAGUGACACAUGUUCUGUUAUUGUGACUCUGUACUCCAGCACUUUGGAUUUGAAAGGAUACAAUGACUAUGAGGUUAAAGUGCAGACUGUCAGCUUUAAUUUGAGGGUAUUUUCAUCCAUAUCGGGUGAAUUGUUUAGAAAUUACAGCACUUUUUGUACAUAGUCCACCAUUUUAGGGGUCCAAAAAUGUUGGGACAAAUUCACCAUGAUUACAGAUGAUCCUGAAUAAAUUGUGAAUAAUGAUGACUGAGAAAGUUAGAGGCAUAAGUAUAAUCCGGAAUCAUGGUAGCGUCCAUAUUAAUGUAGAAGUGUUUAGAAACAUUAUAUUCUUAUUUACAGUAAAAGAUGCUCCAAAAUGGCACAAUACAUUAUUUACCAUUUAUUUCUAUUGGGCACAAAAUAAUCUGAAACACAACCAAAACAAACUGCAAAUGCAUCCAACAAGUGUGUACAGUCACAGGCUUAAUGUAGUUAUUGUGUGCUAGAAAUAUGGGACCAAAUACUUAACUUUAUACUACUCUAAUACACAUAUAAGUGAACUUGUCUACACUUGUAUUCAGCGCAUGUAACAAAUAAAAUUUGAAUUGACUUUUAGA